AUGGGUUCUCUUGUUCGUGAAUGGGUCGGGUUUCAGCAAUUUCCAGCGGCGACUCAGGAAAAGUUGGUUGAAUUCUUCGGCAAAUUGAAGCAAAAGGAUAUGAAUUCUUUGACAGUUCUUGUUCUGGGUAAAGGUGGUGUCGGAAAAUCAUCCACCGUCAAUUCUCUUAUCAGCGAACAAGUUGUCCGUGUCAGUCCUUUCCAGGCUGAAGGGUUGAGGCCAGUGAUGGUUUCAAGAACAAUGGGAGGAUUCACUAUAAACAUUAUUGACACCCCUGGACUUGUGGAAGCUGGAUAUGUCAAUCACCAAGCUCUCGAGCUAAUCAAAGGGUUUCUUGUGAACAGAACCAUAGACGUCUUGCUCUAUGUUGAUCGUUUGGAUGUGUAUAGAGUCGACGAGCUAGAUAGGCAAGUUGUUCAAGCAAUCACCCAAACUUUUGGAAAAGAGAUAUGGUGCAAGACCUUGCUUGUUCUGACUCAUGCUCAGUUUUCACCACCCGAUGAACUUUCCUAUGAAACUUUUUCCUCUAAGAGAUCAGAUUCUCUCCUCAAAACUAUCCGCGCUGGUUCUAAGAUGCGAAAACAAGAGUUUGAGAAUUCUGCAAUUGCGGUUGUAUAUGCGGAGAACAGUGGAAGAUGCAGCAAGAACGAAAAGGAAGAAAAGGUUCUACCGAAUAGUGAAGCGUGGAUCCCGAACUUGGUUAAGGCGAUAACCGAUGUCGCAACAAAUCAGAGGAAAGCGAUUCAUGUAGACAAGAAGAUGGUAGAUGGAUCUUACUCUGAUGAUAGAGGAAAGAAACUCAUCCCUCUUAUCAUCGGUGCUCAGUACUUCAUCGUUAAGAUGAUUCAAGCAGCGAUAAGAAGUGACAUCAAGGCAAGUGGAAAGCCACUCUAA